AUGACCAUGGCCGAGAAGCGCCCCUAUCCCGAGGGUCAGGGCCCGAAUAGCGAUGUGAAGCGCCCGAAACCAUCAGAUGCUGUCGAAGCUGCAAAAGCCAGAGCCAAAGCAAAGGCCGCCGAAAUUGCAGCCCGAUUCGCGAAACCCGCUGCCUCUUCAACCCCCCUACCGCCGGCGGCUGGGGCAAGUGAUGCGGUUCAAGACAAACUAGCAGCCAUGAAGGCGAGGAUGGAGGCGCUGAAGGCGGGCUCAGCAGCCAAAACCCCCGCUCCCGAUUCCACGGGCCCACGCUUUGCGACAACCCUGGGCAACCGUCGCUCGGAAACGCCCCUGGUUGAUGCGAAACCCAAGGCCGCGGUGAUGAGCCAAAAACAACCGCAAGAUGAAGAGCUAGAAAACCCGUACUUUGACCCCAAGACUGCUGCUCUUGCCAAGAAGAGGGGCCCCCGUGUCCUCUCGUUCAACGAACAUGGAAAGUACCUCGACCAGGCCUCGAAGCUGCGCGCACAACGACGACUCGAGGAGAUUAAAAAGACACUCGCUAUUCAAGCCCGCCGCGCUGGUCUUGAUGAAAACAGUGAACGCGGCUUCCUGGUCCAGUCCCCUCCGGAUAUCGAAUGGUGGGACGAGGGUAUCCUAGCCGAGCCCAACUACGAUUGCAUCGACGACCCGUCCAAAGUCAAGGUUGACACUGAUGAUUCCAUCAUAACACUAUAUGUCCAGCAUCCACCACUACUCAAAGCGCCCCAAGAUCAGCGCCUGGUCCAGGUUAAGCCCAUGUAUCUUACCACUAAAGAAACACAGAAGCUACGCAGGAUGCGACGUGCUGCAGACCUCAAAGAACAUCAGGCUAAGAUUCGUCUCGGUCUUGAACCGCCACCACCACCAAAGGUCAAGCGCGGUAACAUGAUGCGUGUCAUGGGAGAACAAGCCAUUGCAGAUCCCACAGCUGUUGAGAUGCUCGUCGAAUCGCAGAUCCAGCAGCGUCAUGAUGACCAUGUUACAGCAAAUGAAGAGCGCAAGUUGACCAAAGAAGAAAGACAAGCGAAGCUUGCUGCGAACCAGGAGAAGGAUGCGCAAAAGGGACUAUACAUGUGUGUCUUCAAAAUCAAUACUCUGGCAUAUGGCAAGCACCGCUUCCAGAUCGACAGCAACGCCAAGGAACAUGCCCUCACCGGAAUUACACUGUUCAAUCCUGAUUUGAAUCUGGUUGUAGUCGAAGGUGGUGCAUAUGCAAUCAACAAGUACAAGAAACUCAUGCUCCAGCGCAUCAAAUGGCAUGAGAAUGGUCCACCUACAGAGAACCAGAUGGAGAAGCAAGCCUCGGAUCCGCAAUGGCUGAGACCGCUCACCGACACUGGGGAUGUAAAGGACCACUCAUCCAACAAGUGUACGCUCAUCUUCGAGGGCGAGAUCAAGGAGCGAUCUUUCCGAAAAUGGGGCUCAAGAGUAUGCGAAACCGCUGGUGAAGCUCGCGAGACGCUUGGCCGCGCCAAGCUCGACAGCUUGUGGGCGCUCGCUAAGAGUAUCGAAUGA